AAGUAGGGAAGAAUAAACAAUGAUAAUGUGGAUGAAGAGAUGGCUUAAUAUUCUACUGCUCUCUGUUGUGGUAAUCAUACUUGCCAUGCUUGUGAUCACACAGCGGUUAUCACCUACUAUAAAUAGUUACCAAUCAGAGCAAAGUGGGCGGAGUGAAAUUAGAAACGUGGCUAUAAAUAGCAACCAGUCGGAACUAAAAAUGAACAUUCAAAGUACUGAUGCGAGUAAGAAGGAAACUCAACAUGAACAUAUUGCAAGAAAAGAUAAUAGAAUGACAUGUACUGUCAUACAACUGAAGAACAGACGGCGAGGUAAAAUCAAUGGAAUGACUCAAUGUAAGAAGCAACCGUUCCUAUCACGUGACUGUCACUUUAAUCUCUAUAAUCCAUACGCAAUUGAUAUAGAGGGGGCAUGCAGGAAGUCCGGGGCAAAAGAGUUUUGCAGCAUCACUGGCACUCCUGAUCAGUGGGGUGUGCACUGUAACAUUACAUCAUGUGGUAAGAAGGUGUACCUUGGGACAAAAACAAUUGACAGAAUUAAUUGGAAAGUGUAUGGAAACAAAGAAGAUCUUCAAAAAUCAAUUGCAAAUCUAAUUCAAAGUAGUACAACACGAUUCUGUUUUAUUUCAUGUUUUACGCUCCAUAGUCAUGGUUUUGAACCACAGAUAUUAAACAUACCACCCCCGCCGCAAAGGACUCACCUUAAAACCAAACGCAAAAGUCGCAGAGAACAAAAACAUAUGAAUUUGAAUUUUAUAAUGAUAGAUUCUGUUUCAAGGGUCCACUUCUUCAGAUCUUUACCUAGGUCUGUAAAGGCUUUAAACCAGAUUACAACUGAGCAUGAAGAUGCAAUGGUUCUAGAUUUUGAGUUAGUCCAAGGAAUUCGUUCGAGAACGUUCGAAACUUUGCAAGCUCUCUUCUCCGGCUAUGUAAACCCGUAUGAAGUUCCGUUUGGAAUAAAUGAUUUGUCGAAAGAAAAGCUGAAUGUAGCGAAAUGGUUUUUGCCAUUGAGGGAGCUCGAUUUUUCAAGUCUUUGGCUGGAAGACAUGUGUCCAUUCACAGGAUGGGGAUUGACAAGAAAUUUGCUAGUUGUAAAUAGAACUUUAGAUAAGCAAUCUUUUUAUAUGAAAUUUUUAGAUACUUGUAGAAAAGUUGGAAUUGAUGAUAUUGGGAACACGUUAGCUAGCUGUAACAUUCUUAAAUCUAAAGGGAUGAGUAACCCAUUUAAUUCAGAGACAAUAUGUUAUAACGGGAGACAUCACCAUUCAUAUUUGUUUUCAUAUCUAAAGAUGUUCCAAAGGACCAUGCACCAUAGGGCCAAACCUUUCAUAUCAUACAUGGAAUCAAAUAUAGCUCAUGAACUUGGCGGCAAAAGAAAUCAAUACAUUGAUAGUGAUUUAGCGGAGUAUUUGCAGUUUUCAAGUGGCAUGGACAACACAUUAACUAUAGUGUUCUCCGAUCAUGGCAAUGCAUACCGAGAUAGCCAAGGUAGAAAUUCCAACAGUGUAUUAGAAGUAUUCAAUCCCUUUCUAUUCAUGAUUAUACCAAAAUCAGUUCAGUCUAUGCUUACUGCCAAUCAAAUGCAAGCUUUGAAGAUCAACCAGAAUCGAUUGAUAAGUUUAUUAGACCUCCAUUAUACUAUUUCAUACAUCAUUCGACUAUUGCAUAAUGAAAACGAUUCUGAAGCGAGCUUGGACAAUGAUGUCAAUGACUUUAACAAACAAUUCAAUGUAUCUAAAGAGGGGCUACUCACAGAAAUAUCAGCUUCAAGAACUUGCAGCAUCAUGCCAAGAAUAAUGCCGAACCUUUGCAUCUGUAAAGGGUACGAUGUUUCCUCUAAAGACCAGUCAUAUGAUUUCAUUAUCGCGGUCUAUUCUGUAGGCAUGAUGAAUAAUGAUAUACAACAGCAGAUGAAAAAAUCCGGUGGUUCUGUGGAUAGAACAGAAACUUAUCUUGGUGGUUUCAAGAAUUGCAAAAGAAUGAAAGUGCAGAAGAUUAAAAAUGUUGCAGAAAAUCGUGAAAAUAACUCUACGACAGAAACGAACAUGGAUUUAUAUGUGCAAACAGAUGGACAGGCUGUGGAUGAAAUCUUUUUUAUAAGCGUUAUAAUUAAAGACUUAAAUAUUUCACGCAGCAAGUACGAACGUGUGACCCCGUAUGAUAAAUAUUCCAGCUGUUCAGACAAAGACGUCGAAGCGCAGUUAUGUAUAUGUAAUGAUCCCAAUGAACGGGAUGCAAACAGGACAUCUCUGAAUACUCCAAGAGCGGAAUACGUGAUGAAAAGUAUUCUAUAUUCCGAUUUGCAGCAUAACGUUACUUCAAUAAAUGUUGGCGGUGACGCAUGUCUUAACGUCAUUGAACAAUUUAACGAAAACGGUAUAGUGUAUGACGCAUUUAAUGAUUGCAAUACGUCAUUGACUUUACGUCUUUUAUUCAGACAGGUGAAUAUAAAUAUCUUAACAGCCAACACGGUGGAAGUGAACUUGUCUUCCGGCGAUAUCAAAUUUCUUGCAGCCGGCAUGAGUAAUAAAAAGUGGUCAUGUUCUGUAAAUGUAGAUGUCAAAGUUUGA